AUGGAUAGUGCUCAAGCUCCGGAACCAAAACGACUCAAGAGAGAUGCUCAGCCUGGUGAGCAACAAUCAAGCAGGAGAAAGGGCCACACUUGUGAGCACUCAUCACCUGUGUGUGGGGUGUGUGUGUGUGUGUGCAGCUGGAGCAAGGAAGAUAUCCGUUGCAGACCUUGUGCCCCUCGCUGCAGGACUGCCUGCAGCGAGAGGAGUGCCUUCCAUCGAGCUGACAAAGACGGAUUCUCAUGAGUUCAUCGGCCACAAGUAUCGGGACGACAUGCUGGAGCAUAUCAAGAGUUUCUGCGACCUGGAGAGCGGCUCACCGCGCGGCCCUCAGCCCCGGAGCGACAACCAGAAUGCCCUCCCUACGCGAAUCCCUCCUAUGGCCCUCACUCGUCAUCCUUCAGGAGGCAAGACGAGGACGCUUAAGGAGAUUGGCCUCGCGCUUCGCAAGCAGGACAUCUUCUCCCUCUUCAUCACAUUCAGCGACCUCACUCAGUAUGAUGCUGCAAUCGAGCGGGACCGCACAUGGCUGCAGUCGCUGCUUUUGCGCAUCGGCUGGGCGGCUGCCAGGGACGACGUGCGGGGGAGUGUAGGGGACGACUUCUCAAGGUGGCUGACCGAAGUGGACGUUACCAAGGACACCAUUUGCAAGUGGCUAGGUGAUGCCGUCUGCGUCCUUCUUGUUGAUGAGCUGAAUAAAUUGAUGGUGGGAGAAGGCCGACAGCAAUUUCCUGAUGAGGGAGCGAUCGCGGCGGAAUUUCUUCGGGCAGAGUUCGUCGACAAGCGUGGCCGCUAUCUCGUAUUCUCAAGCCACUUCACAGAGACGGGCACGAAGCUCACGGUGUUCAUGGAGAGUCUAAGCAAUCGGGAUGUCCUUCGCCCCCUCUUGCCGGUGAUCACAUCUGUUGAUCAAGCGGCCGUCCUCAGCCAGGAGGCCGCCUCGGCUCCCAAGCUAUAUUAUCUUGGAUUGACACCCGCCCUAGUUCACAAGGCGUUUGCCGUUGAGAAACGACCCGCUACUUGUGUUGAUCAGCUCUUCGACAGGCUCCCGAAACCGCCCUUCACCAGGGCCACGCUGCGAGCCAUGAUCAUGCUUGCGCUGGACGGAGCUGCGCAUCGUGUGGCGGGGUUGGGCGGUUGGGCUGCGGCAUUGGAUGCGUUUGUCGAUGACCCACUUCGACUUCCUAUCGGGACCCCAUCGUACACGUGGUCGCCAUGCUUUCUGGCAGCUGCCUGUGAGCAACUUGUUGGUGUUGGCGAGUUCCGCCAGUCUCUUCGUCAAGGCCUGUGGCGGAUCGUCGCCAACCUACGGCAGCUGGCUGAAGCAACAGAAGGGUCCGGCGUGCAGUGGGAGGGCGUUUGUGCUGCGGCACUCAUCCUACGGAUGCUGCAGAGCGACGUUGGAGAUUAUAAACCCUCAAAUCUGCAUGCAGAAGCCAGAGCAAUCCUGCCUACUGCGGUUCUCAAUGGUCGGUGACACACAGAUGUGUAAACACAAAAGCUCUGGUCGAUAGAUACAAAUGAGUAGUUCAUCAGUCUUUCGUGUUUUGUGCUGUUCGUGUGGGUGUCAUGUCAGGAUGUGA